AGUCGCGUGUUAUUGCAGCUGUUGCGCGGCGGUUGCGUAGCGAAGUUCGUCACGUGUCAUAUUGUUUAUUAUUAUUUCGUGCCUUCGUGUUAGUGGUCGUUAUGACAGCAUUUACCAUCAAGAACUUAGUAUGUGGAUUUACAUUUGAAACAGCACGAGUUCGUGAAAGAAUGGACUCAGGACCUCGGGCGGCACGGUGCUGUAGUCGUUUCUCGUUCAACCAGAUUCACGGCCUCACGGGACCGAGCGGCCUUCGCAACCGCCCGCUUCUGCCAGCGGGGCACCCCAGGAGGAGCGGAUGGACGAUGCGCCGUCGCCCCGUUGACCGCACUCGCCGACCCAAUGGACAUGGCCACCAUCGCUGUCGCCAUCAUCGCCCCAGGAGACGCCCUCAGGCCUGGACGUGUGCCUUGACAGCAGUUUUCCACAUGAUGUUCCUAUUGCCUUGCAAGCCAAAUGGCGAGGAACGGUUGGGAAUACGCUGUCUUCUACAGUCACGAUCCUGACUCAUCUCAACGUCCAGCAUCCUGCCUCCAUCCACGUUCACGUUCGCUUCCUCUCUACACGACAACGGUGCGGCAUUUAGGGGGAGGGGAGGUGGGAGGGAGGAAUGUGCUGGCUUAAGCUGUUCCCAACACGCUUGUCACCAAAGAUGUAAAAGAAAGAUCGAUUGUAGGCGCUGGAUGAAGUACGCCUAUAAGAAGAGACACCAAAGGCAGACUCGCAAGGCCCACGCUGCAAACGCUC